UUGCGGUUUAUUCGAUUUUGUUCAUAUUAUUAGAUAUUUCGAUAACCGAUAAAUCGUAAUCGACGUGCCAUAAUUGUAUACUGUUUUCAUAACACAUUUUCUUGUUAAGUAAAGUUUUGAAUAAACCUUAAAAUGUCCUUAUCGCCUGCUAGUGGCAUUGGUCGCUUCUACAAACAUUCGGCGAAGAUAAUACGAUUUGCACGCCACGGCUGUACGAAUCGCCCAUUCUUUCAUAUAGUUGUAAUGGAGCGUCGUAAGAAUCAACACCAGCCUGUCAUUGAGCAAGUGGGCUCCUAUGAUCCGCUGCCAAAUGUGACAAAUGAACGUCUGGUGGCCCUAAAUACAGAACGUAUACGGUACUGGCUAGGCAAAGGUGCUCACAUGUCUGACCCGGUAGCCGAGCUGCUGGGAAUCGCCGGUCUACUCCCCGUCCACCCUCACACCUAUAUGACCGCAUGGCGCAAUCGCAAAGCAGCAGCAGAGGCGGCUGCAGCCGAAGCCGUCAAGCCCGCCGAGACGGCAUAGUUGUGCAUUAUUUAGACAUACAUACAUUAAACUUCAUAAUAAAUA